GCCGAACUGUGUUGUAAUAAAGUGGGAAGACCGUAGAAUAAUGUGUUUUGAAACUCACCGGUCCCGAACGUUCACGCGCUUUAUCUCUUUGUGGGUCUUCAUGCCGUUCUGCGUGUUCUGGAUUGUACUAGCCUCGCUAGUGUAUAAAUCCUCGGGUUCGAAGCAGAACAAUUCCGUGUGGGAGAUCUCUGGUUUAUUGCCCCAGAGACAGCAGUUAACCAAUCCUAUCCAAGCAAAUGUGGGAUUCAACUGCCUUGAAAACUGCAAACCACUCUCCGUAGACAUUUUUCCACCUAAACCUAUUUCUAUGUCGUCACAAUCGCCCGGCUGGCCUAUUCGACGAGUCUCAAGCCUCCCGACAAGCUUGUUUAUCCACAUCAUCCCAUUCUCUCGACGCCAUCCUGGGCGAAGUUUGCUAUUCUCUCGCGUCGAUGAAAUAAGUCGGCUACGUUUUGCGGUUGGGUUGAGCCAGUGGGGUAAUCAUGGGGAACAAAUGGAACUGUGGUUACACCAUACAAUGUUCUAUCAGAUCAACGUAAACAGACAAAAUGCUUUCCUACAUCAUACUGGUGGAGUUGUGGCUACAUCCGGUCUCGUUGUCGUGCCGUUACCAAGGGACCGUCGAAUUCACGGCCCCAAACCACUUAGGCUCAUUAUUCAAAUCACGAACCAUAGUGUGACAGUCUAUAUGGGUUGCCAUCCGAAAUCCAAGCCCGUCUACAACAUGAAUUUUACGCUACUUUCCGAAGAUGAAGUGCGACAAAAAUAUGGCUUGAAACGGAAUCAGACAUCGAUAGGUGAUCCGGAGCGCGACCGGUUAUUUUUGCUCAGCGGUGGACCAAUGCAUGACGACCGAUUUGA